AGGAGUCGACGCAAACUCUGUGCGCCUGCGCGCCGCCUGCUCACUCAGCCAACAUGGCGCCCGUGGAGCACGUUGUGGCGGACGCUGGGGCUUUCCUGCGGGAUGCGGCUCUGCAGGACAUCGGGAAGAACAUUUACACCAUCCGGGAGGUGGUCAGUGAGAUUCGGGACAAGGCCACGCGCAGGCGGCUCGCGGUCCUGCCCUACGAGCUGCGGUUCAAGGAGCCCUUACCGGAAUACGUGCGGCUGGUAACUGAGUUUUCAAAGAAAACAGGAGACUACCCCAGCCUCUCUGCCACGGACAUCCAAGUGCUUGCGCUUACAUACCAGUUGGAAGCAGAGUUUGUUGGGGUGUCUCACCUAAAACAAGAACCACAGAAGGUUAAAGUGAGUUCAUCAAUUCAGCACCCAGAAACACCUCUGCACAUUUCUGGUUUCCACCUUCCCUCCAAGCCUAAACCCCCACAAGAAACAAUAGAGAAAGGACGCCUAGCUUGUGAGCCUGAGAACCUGGAAUUUAGUUCCUUCAUGUUCUGGAGAAACCCUCUGCCCAACAUUGAUCAUGAACUGCAGGAACUGCUGAUUGACAGAAGUGAGGAUGUUCCAAGUGAGGAGGAGGAGGAGGAGGAGGAAGAAAACGGGUUUGAAGACAGAAAAGAAGACAGCGAUGACGAUUCGGGUGGCUGGAUAACCCCCAGCAACAUCAAGCAGAUCCAGCAGGAGCUGGAGCAGUGUGACGUCCCCAAGGACGUCCAGGUCGGCUGCGUGACCACAGACUUUGCCAUGCAGAAUGUUCUGCUGCAGCUGGGGCUGCACGUGCUGGCGGUGAACGGCAUGCUGAUCCGCGAGGCCCGGAGCUACAUCUUGCGCUGCCACGGCUGUUUCAAGACAACCUCUGACAUGAGCCGAGUGUUCUGUUCACACUGUGGGAACAAGACCCUGAAGAAAGUGUCCGUGACUGUCAGUGACGACGGCACCCUGCACAUGCACUUCUCCCGCAAUCCCAAAGUGCUGAACCCCCGAGGGCUCCGGUACUCGCUUCCCACUCCCAAAGGGGGCAAAUACGCCAUCAACCCCCAUCUCACCGAGGAUCAGCGCUUCCCCCAGCUACGACUCUCCCGAAAAGCCAGGCAGAAAACCAAUGUGUUUGCCCCCGACUACACCGCUGGGAUGUCACCCUUCGUAGAGAAUGACAUCUCUAGCCGCUCAGCCACACUGCAGCUCCGGGACAGCACCUUGGGAGCUGGGCGGAGACGCUUAAAUCCCAAUGCUUCCAGAAAGAAGUUUGUGAAGAAAAGGUGAAAUGCGAGUUCCCAUAGACAGACUGGAUGGCUGUGGUGGCUGCUGAGGAGUUCCAGUGUCCCAUUUCCCCAGGCGGGUGUCACAGUGCAGCCUUGCCUGGCCAUGCUCUGCUGGGUCAGCAGGGAACUGGGCCGUCUGUAGCCUGUGAAAAUGCGGACCGCCUGGCCGCCUGCCACAUGAAGGAGAAUUAGAUAAAAACAGAAAGACCACCACCCUGGAUCCAAUCUUCAAGAAAGGACUUUCCAAAGGAGAAUAUUUUUCUAAUAAAUGUGGCUGCAAGCUCCAGCACAUUUUUAUUAAACAGGCCAAAUUUCUGCUGCUUAGGUCAUGUCAAGGCCAACACUUGAGCUGCAUGCUCAGAGAUCAAGCAUUGAGAUUUAUCUUUCUGCCAGAAAAUACAAGGUUAUAAUAAAACUAAGGACUACCAUUUUCUUUUCCUUUUCACCUUUUUUUUGAGACAAGUUUCCAUCAUUCUGGAAAGUGCAGUGUGGUGAGCUCCCAGACGGCCUUUCACCUGGAUUCUCCACGGUUCUGCCUCAUCUGCUUUUUCUGCACACACAGUCACAAAGUAUAAGUCUCCUAGGAAAAUGAUAUUCUUUUACAUAACCACAGUAGUCAGCAAAUUCAAGAAGUAUCACGGUACGUUACUAUUACCUCAUAUAAUCAGCACUGGAAAUCACCGUGUAUCAGUUCAUAGAGAUCUUCAUUUUUCAGCUGCCUCGUAUUGUCAAGAGCUACCAAACAAACUCUCUGUUAAGUACUUACCCGACUUUAGCCUGUUUAAUCCAUAGAACGUUAAUAAAGGGUAUGGCUGCUGCAGUCCUGAGCUGCAGGAGGUUAAAAGAGUUUAACCUCAACGUAGCUUAAAAGUGACAGCCUGCGAGUGGCCAGGCCAAGAUUUCAACUUUGUCUGUGCUUUUAAGUAAAUGUGCCAGUGGAGACGGUAGGAAGGAGGGUGAACACUGCCUGCUUUCUGUCUCCAUCUUUCUGAAACUCCUGCUCUUAGGAGGAUUGAUGGCUUGACACCUACCUGGAGCACAGGGUGCUGGGGGAGAGGGAUACAUGGCUGGUAUCCACAGGAACCACUGAGGAUAACAGAUACCCAGGUUCCCAGACAGGCUUAAGGAUGGCUCUGAGCUAAUGUAAAAAGUGUAUCAUCCACAACACAGAGAAAAGCAAGGGGGCUUUGGGGACUUGUGCAGAAAAGCAGCCACCCAGGUGGACACAAUGCAUUAGCAGCUGACUCAUGAGGAUGUUUGUGUUCUUUCAUCAGAAGGAGAGGACUCCUGAGAAUUCUACUCUUGCUUUUUGUUUCUAGAUAACGAAAACAACAAAGCUCUGUGGUUCUGGCCUGCUCCCUGGGGACGUAGGGGGACCCUGAGGACACUGUUUUCAGUUGCUACAUAAUGCCUGGUACAUACUCCUGGGAUAGAGGCCUGCUUCAGAAAAUACCAGGGAAUUGUACAGCCUUGGUACUGAGAGCAAAUUAAAGCUGGAAGAAACCGUGAAGCCAGAGAAGAGCACUGGCAGCUGACUGGGAAUGAAACUCAAGAAUUCUUAUUCUAACUCUGAGAGCAAGUUAGGGGUUAGGAGCUGACCGUGGGUCCCAAUGGCCUGGGUACAAAUUCUGAACUACAUCACUGACUGGCUGUGUAAUCACAGACAAGUGUCAUAACCACUUGGUGUCUCA